GUGGGGCCGCCCUUGGGAGUUCCCCAGGAAGCCAGGCACUGAAACCGCUGCGGCUCGAGUUCUGCCUUGAACUGUACUUUGCAAGACAAGUAGUGAGGAAGUAAUACUAAAAAGCUUGCUGUGGCGGUGGACCUGUCUGAUUAACAAAAUGAAACCUGCAAAACUGCACUGUUGGAUUCUGGGUUGGUUUUCUAUGGCAUUAUGUUGUUGGUGUACUUCAGAUAAAUUCACUCAAAGUGACAACCACCCUCAUACCUGGAAGAAGCUUUAUCUUGCUCAUCAUUGGCCAGUGACUGUAUGCAAGAUGACUGCUAAUGAUUGUCAAGACCCUCCAAAGUACUGGACAAUACAUGGGCUGUGGCCUGACAAAGCUGAAGACUGUAAUAGGACAUGGCAUUUCAAUGUCACUGAGAUUAAGGAUCUAAUGUCAGACAUGAGACACUAUUGGCCUGAUGUGCUUCAUUCGUCACUGAAUCGCACCCAGUUCUGGAAACAUGAGUGGGACAAACAUGGCACUUGUGCAGCCACACUUGAGGUCCUCAAUUCUCAGAAAAAAUACUUUGGUAAAGCCUUAGAACUCUACCAGCGUGUUGAUCUCAACAGUUGUCUCUUGAAAGCUGGGAUAAAGCCAAGCAGUUCGUAUUACAAGAUGACUACCAUAAAGGAAGCUCUUACAAGAUUUUAUGGUGUAACACCCAAGAUCCAAUGCCUUCCUCCAGAAGAGGGUGAAAAAGCACAGACAAUUGGCCAGAUUGAAUUCUGCUUCACCAAAGAACUGCAACUAAGAAACUGCACGGCACUGAAGGGUGGAUCCAACGCAAUGCAGGCUCCCUUGAAGCUUGGAACUGAGGAGCUGUCUGUCUGCAAUGAUACUCUCCCAACCUAUUAUCCUUCAGAGGUCCAAGAUCACAAAUGAGGCUGUAAUAGUUUGAAAAACUUUUUAAACAGCAAAAAAAAUUGUAAUUAUUGUAAUAUUACGACCCCCUGUCCAUAUCACAGGCAUACUGUGAAGACUGCUGGAAAACACAGUUCUUUUGCCAUUAAAUGAGAAUGGGCCACAUGAUGGGAUCAGAAUCUGA